UGGGUGGUGGUGUUGGCCUUUCCGUUCAUGCCCCAUUUCGCAUCGCAACGGAGAACACAGUAUUUGCGAUGCCCGAGGCAAAAAUCGGGUUUUUUCCAGAUGUUGGUGGUUCAUUCUUUUUACCGAGGAUGGACGCCACGCAUUAUGUUCCAUCGCAACGAUUGCCACUUUUGGAAAAUCGGUUAAGCGAGAUCGAAUGUGAUGACCAUGACGUUAUCAAUGCAGUAAUUGAAGAAUUUGUUGCAGAGUGUGAUCAUGAUCAUUCAUACGCCCUUGGCGGAAAUAUCAGAAAAUGUUUUAAAGGGGAUACUGUUGAAGAUAUCUUAAAAGCUUUGGAACAAGAAAAUUCAGAUUGGUCUAGAAAAACGAUAAACACAAUCUUGCAAAUGUCACCCACGAGUUUGAAAGUUACAUUGAAAGAAUUGCGUAAAGGAAAGAAUAUGGACAUAACGGAUUGUUUAAAAAUGGAAUACAGACUUGCACAAAAAUUCUUGGAAAAAUCCGAUUUUGCAAGAGGUGUAAAACAUCUCCUUGUUAAUAAAGAAAAAACACCGCCGAAAUGGGAACCACCAUCUUUAGAUGAAGUCGCUGAUAUUGAAUUUUAUUUUAAUACUAAUGACACACAAGAACUUGAACUACUGAAUAUACGUUCAUUUGAAAAUUAUCCGUAUUCAAGAUUUAGUCUUCCGUCAGAAGAAGAAAUUCGAAAGGUCACUGGCGAGACUCCUGACUCCGGAUCAAUGAGUAUGAGUAAAGAUGAUAUUGUGGAUUUUUUCUUUAAAGAUCGUAAUUUUAAAAUCGGAGUACGCGAGAAAGUACUAGAAGUCUUAAAUAGGAAAACUACCUCGUCAGAGGGACAAGAGGGAUUAAAAUGGAUAAAAGAUGAAUGA